AUGGGUAAGAUAACUUCCGCUCAUGGCAUCCAACCAAUUUUCAUCAUUUCCCCUCAUGGUGCUAUGAACUGGCAAGCCCCGGCCAGGCCAUGCCGGCACGGGGCGAGGGGACUGCGGUCCAAGUUCAGUCACCAGUAUGACUGGUGUGAUAUCCUCAUCACCAUGAUCGACAGACACUACUUGACCCUUGCCCUCCUGGCCAUCCUCUGGGCUUGUGCGAUUGGUCACAUCAUCGGCUGCAAUGAGAACCGCUGCGCUUCGGAGGUCAGUAAGUGUCAACUCAUCGGCUCCUGCGGCUGCAGGUAUGAGGCUGAAAACUGCAGCUGCUGUUUAAACUGCUCACGUUGCUUGGCUGAUUACUGGGAGGAGUGCUGCAGUUGUACUGGUCUGUGUAGAGCUCAAGGUCAGAGUCCGAUCCCAGAAUGGCGGCUGAGCACUCUUCUUGAGCUGACUCCACUACCAUCUCUCUUCCAAGCUCUGACCAGCUUAGAAGCUUCCCAGGACCCUAACCUGAGAUGGAUAGCGAUGCCACUCACCCUGAAAGAGCAAGGAUUACUCAUUAUGCCUCCUGGGAAGACAAUGGAAGAGGAAGAGUCACCCAUCUUCACCAGCGUCAACUCCACCGGAUUGGAGGAAUGCGUCGUUGCUUACAUGGACGACUGUACAUCCCUUGGUAAAUGCGAGAAUACGUGCCGUUCCAUGGGUGCCGCUAGACAGCGUUGGUUUCAUAAUGGCUGCUGCGAGUGUGUUGGCUCGUCCUGUUUGAGUUACGGCAAGAACGAACCGCAGUGUAAGGAGUGCCCCAUUGAAGACUACUGAGUUACAAUGAGUGACGGACUGAUUGAGUAUUUAUUGAAAGGAGCAGCUGUGAGGCACUCGGCAGUCUUUGAGUUCAGUUAGAUGAAACGAGCGUUGAGUACAGAAAAGUUGAUCGGACUCCAAAACCUGCACUGGUAUUUUCGUCUGGUCGGACAUUAUCAAGCACAUUUUGAACAAAAACAUGACAAGGCAGAAUGCUUGAAUGGGAGUUAUAAAUAUUAUGUAGUUUUAUAUCCAUGAUUGAGAUUUGAUUAUGUUUAAGGUAGGGUCAUAUAGAUUGUUUUUUCGUCAAUUUAUUGCUCAUUUAUCGCCAAAAUUAUCAAGAAAGAUACAAUAAAAGAUACAAUGUGACAAUUUCAGCUUUCACAGUAUUUUCAUCAAGAAUGUUGAGUCGAUCCACAUUUUGCAAGCCGACUGCACUUGUGAAUGGACACCAACCCCCUCAGAAAUCUGUGAAAUGAUUCAUGCAUGAAUCGGUUCUCAAAUUAAAAUAUCUGAACAUUUCAGAUGAAAUAAUUUAAAGGAUGCAUACUGCCGUUAUCAUCUUUAUAACUUUAUAUCUCCUUUUUGUGAACAUUUUUAGAUGAAAUAAUUUUACAGGCUGCUUACUGCCGUUACCAUCUUUAUCAAAAGUUAAAGCUUCAGACAAAAAUUACACACAUUUAUUUUAUUUAUUUUUUUUUUGGGGGGGGGGCGCCUUAACCAAAGUAUGACUCUACCUUUAAAACUGUACAGAACUAACAGUUCCCAGAAAACGCCAGCAAAGCAUUCUGUAGGAGUAAUGCAUGCAUAAAGUAUUUUGUGCUACCAACAAGUUGUAUGACUUCGCUUUGUAUAUUUGUGGCAUAUUAUAGAUAUUUCCUUUUUGUGUCGGUGCUGGGGAACACUAAUCAUUUUAGUCACCGUUUAAAAAAAAAAAAGCACCGUUUGGAAAGAGAUGUUUGACAAAACGCAACAAGGAAACCUUAAGUUGAUAAGUUAGACCCGUAGGCGCCUCAGGAUUAUAUUAACGUAUAUAUUGUUUUCAGUAACCAUUUAGAUAAAGUCACGAAAUAUCUUUAUGUAAACAAUUGCUAGUUCUUGUUAUCCAAAAUGUAAAAAUUAAAUUUGAAUGUUUCUUUUUGUAGUAAUUUAACUGUAAUAUUUGUUUUUACAUUUUACAUUCAAAGGUUUUUGUAUUCUUUAAAAUACUUCUCAACAUCAGUGAUAUUUACGUUUCAUAUAUAUAGUUCGAAGAAGCACAGAAGCUUGGUUAAAAGACAUUUGAGAAUGCAGACAUUUUUGUUGUUAACAUUCAAACCAUUUCAACCAGAUCGAGGCAAGAAGUGCAAAUUAUCUGGUCCAAAUUGAUAUCAUGAGCAUUUGUAUUCAUCACUGUAGCUGAACACAGGGGACAUGACCAAAUACCAUAGUUUUAAGCAUCAUGGAGGUUUAUAUAAUGUAUAAAGGUAAAACAAACAAGACGUUUCAAACUAAAAAUUGAAAAACAAGGAAGUUGAAUCUGUGUUAAAGUGUUUCGGGAAACGAAGGAAGGAAACAGUGGCAGUUUAGGAAAGGACCUGAAGACAAGAUGUCCGCAGUGAUUCCCCCGAGGGAGGGGUAGGAAAGGGGUGGUUUACUCUCGCAGAUCUCUAAGGCUCCAUUUCAGCCCAUUUCCGCUUGAUGAUGCGUGACAUUCAUUAUGACUUUGCCAAAUUUAGAUGUUAUAUUAAAACCAGCCUGCAAACAUGCCUCAUUAUAGUGUCAUAUUUACUUGUCAUGCUCUUGUAUGUUGUUUUUGUAACCUUGUCUUUUUAACCUUUUACAACAUAUUUUGACUGAAUGUACUCUAACAAAUGUAGACAAGGGGGAUGUCCAAUCCUGUCAAAAUCUUGAAGGCAAGGCAGAGAGAAUUCAAUUUUCAAAAAAACCCUUUUCCCCUUAGCCAAUUAGUAUUUUUCAGCAAUAAUUUCCUAUUAUGUCAGUUAACGAAUUCACAUUUCCAAAAUAUGUUUGAUUCAUCGGCACUACUCUGAAAAUAUUGACAAUUGUUGGUUCAGUUUUGUACGUGUAUAUAUUAAAGUAGAAUUUGCAGCUUAUUUUGGCGAAGAAGACAGAGAUUAAUGGAAGACAUUUUAAAGGGAACGUACACCUUUGGUAUUUGGAACCUUUUGAUUGUUUUAUUCCUAUACAAAUGUAGAUCAAUACAAUAAAACUAAUCUGUAAAAAAUUUCAUUUCAAAAGGUGGUAGCGUUUUUGAGAUAUUCCCAAAAAUCCAGAGCAGUUAUAAUCCGUAAUUGAUAAACACAAUCUGAGAAACAUACAGAAACAUUUUUGUGGUCAAAUUUGCCGAGAGGUGUCAGAAAAAAUUUCAAGAUUGUUGAUCGGACAUUUGGAAAUUUUGGAGGGAGAAUAACUCAACGGGGUUUGGAACUCCCCAAAUAAGCAGAGGAUAAUAGUUGAAGAGUCAAUGAAUAAUUACACCUUUUCUGUAAAAAGCUGUGAGAAUUCUUAGUAUUUUUCAUGUAUUUUUGAAUAUUUAGCAUUUUGCAGUGUAUUCUAUUGAAGUUUAUUCAGUGGGGUACACUCUUGUACGUCUUGUAGAUUUGUGAAGCAGCCAUCGUGUCUGCCAUCUUUGAGGUCAGGUCACAAGAAGAGUCAGAGUGCCUUGAAGCAAACAUGUCUCAUUAAAAUAUAUCGCAUAUGUCGCAUCAAUAUAGACUGCCAGAUUGUCAGAGCUCUAUAUGUAGUGGAUGUCAUUAUUAUUAUUAUUAUAAGUUCUACCUAUGUAUUGCCAAAUGUGUUUUGAUGGAAAUAUCCUAUGUGUUGGCAUUUUGGAACAUCAUUUGUGCUUCCAUUUUUAAAAAGAGAAAUAAAAUGAAAACUAGCUAAAACA